UUUUUUUGUUUGGGUUAAACCUACUUUCGUUUUUGUUUUUCUCUGCGUAUCGAAAGCAGAAGAGGAAUAACAAUUUGAGUGAGAGAGAAGAACAUUAAUGUUGUAACGAUGGAUGUAGGAGUUCGUGUAGUCCGGGGUCCGGACUGGGAUCAUGAUAAUGAGGAUGGUGGCCAUGGCUUUGUGGGGACAGUGAUAGAGAUUUCCAGGGAGGAGAAAACUUGUGUAGUCCAGUGGGAUUAUCAUGGAAAUGUAACCAAAUGUCUGGCCGAGGGAGAGGAGGGUCAGAAUGAAUUACGGAUAAUAGACAUCCAACAGACAGGCAUAUUCUUUCGCUCUAUCACAUGUGAUGAGUGUAACCGACAUGGGGUGGCUGGAUUUCGUUGGAAAUGUGUGGAGUGCGAUAACUUUGAUCUGUGUACAACUUGCUAUAUGGAGGACAAGCAUGAGAAAGGCCAUGUGUUUGUAAGAUAUGACAACAGCAUGACAGCAUGCAUCCCUUGUCCAGCACGUAAUAGAAGCCGAAAAACAAAGAUAUUUGGGAUAGGGCCAAAUGCUGUUGUAAGGAUGUUUCCAUCUGAUCAAGAUGGGAUAGGAAAAGAGGGAAAAGUGGUAGAAUAUGCAAACUUUGGCCAGUCCAACAAUGGAGGUGUAAUGGUAGAUUGGUCAGGGACAAUCUCAAAGCACAAAGUUGGUGCUAAUGGGAGAGUAGAACUAAUGAUGGUGGAGCCUUUCCCUCUGGGUGCUGUUUAUUGUGAUCAUCUACCACUGGGAGACUUGUCCUGUGAGAAGCCCUCAUAUAUUAAUAUUGGUGACAGAGUGCAAGUCAAUAUUAACACCGAUUCAUUCAAACAGCUCAACAAGGAGUUUGGGGGAUGGAAUGAUGAAAUGGAAAAGAUUGUUGGAGAGAUAGGGGUCGUAAAGAAAUUAGAAAACGACAGAAUUUUUGUAGCCUUUGAAGUCACUGGAAGACCUUGGCUGAUAUACAGACAAGCAUGUAAGAAGGUGUCCAUUGUACUAAAGGGGGAUGUUAUUAAGGUCAUUGAGGAUGUCAAUCAGAUUCAGAGAAUGCAGAAUAACCAUGGAGGCUGGCUAGAGGAAAUGAAGAUUCUUCGUGGGAAACUAGGAAAGGUGUGUGAUGUGGAUAAAGAGGGAACACUGUAUGUGAAGUUCCCAGGGCUAGGGGAGUACCUGCUGAGUCCCUCGUGCUGUGUGAAGCAGUACAACCCUCCAGACCUAAAGUUUGAUGAGGAAGAAGAUGUUGGUGCAAGUAGAUCUGAAGAGUCAGGGGGAGCAACUGCAUCUGUGUCCGAAAAUAAAUGUGGUAUGGUAUUUGACAUUGGAAUCCGAGUGGUGAGGGGACAGAACUGGUCCUGGGGGGAUCAAGACGGUGGGGAAGGCUCCCUAGGAACUGUGGUAGAAAUAGGUCAUGAUGAAAGCUCAGGCAAGGUGCCCCCCAAGUGUGCCCAGAUCCAGUGGGACAAGGGCUACAGAAACAUGUACAGAAUUGGCUAUGAGGGGCAGUAUGACCUCAGAAUCUACGAUACAUCAGCCCUGGGAAUUAAGCAUGACCUGCAGUGUACUGAACCCGACUGUGAGGAACCAGAGAUUUAUGGAAUGUUGUGGCAGUGUGACCAAUGUCCUAAUGUGAGGCUCUGCAGCAAAUGUUACCAUAACGACAAACAUGACAUCAUCCACAAGUUCACUCGCUUUGACUAUGGUGGCCAUCAAGGAUGUUCUGUGCCUAAGAGGCAGUUAAGCAGCAGGCAGAAAUUGGAUGGGAUAUUUGAAGAUGCUCAGGUGACACGAGGAAUAGACUGGAGAUGGGAGAAUCAAGAUGGUGGAGAGGGAAGUGUCGGACAGGUAUUGUCCAUUGUGAACUUCAGCCUUGACACAGACCAUGAUGGAGUGGAAGUUGUCUGGGAUUCAGGUCACACCAAUGUCUAUCGCCUAGGUUACAAAGGUUGUGUGGAUGUCAAGGCUGUGAAAUCUUCCCCCGGGGGAUUCUAUUACAAGGACCAUCUUCCUAUCUUCAAGUUGCCUGAUCAGCCCAAACCUGGACCUUCCCAGACAGCCAGAGAGGGGGGAGCAGCAGCAGUUCCCCCAGAAGAAGAGGAUCGGCUGAAGAAGGGGGAUACUGUCAAAAUAGGGGUGGAUCUAGAUACUCUGCAGACUAUCCUCAAGGAGUCAAAGAACUGGAAUGAGAGGAUUAUAGAGUGCAUUGGAAUGAAUGGUACGGUAGUCCUCGUUAAUGGACAACAAAUCUCUGUGGACUUUAGUGGGAGGAAGUGGACUCUGCAUGAGAUGGCGUUGAUCAAGAUUGAACAAUAUGUGAAGGAUCAAGUCGUACAGGUACAAAACGAUGCUAAUGAAGUUGGUCGCCUGCAGAAUGGCCAUGGUCCCUGGAAUGACGACAUGAAAAUGUUCCUUGGGAAGAAAGGACUGGUGGUGAGUGUGGACUUGGAUGGGGAUGUCACUGUCAGCUUUGGGAUACAGAACAUCAAGUUCAAUCCUGAGUGUCUGAAGCCAUCGAGAGGCAGUCCUGAUGAAUUCAAAGAGGAGCCAAAACCACAGACAGGAGAGGACUCUAACAGGGCAGUUCCACAGAGAGAAGACCCAGGGUUCUCUGCCUCACAGAGGGACACACAGUCUGUUACAGAGAGGUCAGUUCCUCCUCCGCAUGAGGACUCGUCAUCUAAGGAGACAUCAUCAUUUGAAAGACAGUCCCCGAUCCCAGAAAGGGUCAUUACUCCUCCCCCUCAGAAGCCGAUAUUAAUUAUCUCUUCAGAUGAACCAUCUCAAAUGGAAUUGGAGGAUAUCAGUGGCCUAAAGGAAAAAUUCAAGGCGGCUUUAAAGAAUGGAAAGAGCAAAGAAGUAUUGGAAUUACUGCAGAUGGCUCCAAAGCUAGUGGAAUGCACAUUUGAGAAUGGCAACACUCCCCUGACCUUGACCUGUGACCAGGACACCUGUAACUUGGAUGUUGUAGAAGCUAUGUUGAAGUGUAAAGCAGAGAUAAAUGUCAAAGCUGCCCCACCUCUGUUGACUGCAGUCAGAAAAGGUCACAGAGAUGUAGUGCAGCUCCUCCUGAACAGUGGGGCUGAUGCAAACAUAACCAACAAUAAUGGACAGACUGCUGUUCACAUUGCUGUUCAGAUGAAAAAUAAGGAUAUUCUGAAGGUUCUCCAGGACAAGUGCAACUUUAAUAUUUCAGACAAGCUUGGAGACAGCCCAGUGUCUGAUGCAAUCACUGUAGGAGAUCCUGAUAUCAGGGAAAUCGUUUUCCAUUGGCCAAAAAUCAGUCUAGAGUUUGAGAACAAGCUUGGAUUUUCCCCCAUUCAUCUGGCAGCCAGAAAGGGAGAUAUCGAAGCUGUACAGCAGAUCCUUCGGAAGUGUCCGAAAGCAGCAAACAAACAAAAAAGUGAUGGCUACACUGCACUCCACCUUGCUGCAUGCAUGGAUCAUGAUGAAAUUGCUAAAGUCCUUCUUCAAAAUAAAGCCAAGACUGGAAAACAAACAGAAAAUGAAGGACAAACUCCUUUGCAUAUUGCUGCAGUGUAUGGAAGUUACAAGACAGCACGGUGCCUUGUGGAAGAUGGAAAGGCUAAUGUCAAUGCUCCAGAUGAAAAUGGAAACAAUGCCCUCCACUUGUGCCUGAUGGGAAAGCCAGCAGUGAUGGAGUUUGCAAAGAUGCAGAAAGCAGAAAAUGGCCAGAGAGACAGUUCUUCAGAGAAGCAGAAGUUAGAGAUAGCGACAUUGUUGAUCAAGCACAAUAUACAGACGGAGCUGAGGAAUAAUGAGGGAAAGACUCCACUGGAGGAGGCCACAUCCCAGUCACUGAAGGAGAAAGUGGAGAACCUCAUACAAGAAAAAUUGAAUCCAUCGGUGCGGCCUAAAGUAUGGAAGUGUGACGUUUGUGAAGAGGAAGAUGCCAUGAUGCAGAUAAAACCAUGUAAUUGUCGACUGUGUGAAGACUGCAUUCCCAAAAAGCUAAAGAAAUGCCCUCAGUGCAACGAGCAAGCAACAAGCAAAAAAACGAUGAAUGUACCUGCAGUUAAGAGAAACAGUUUGGCAGAAAAGAUGAAGAAAGCUGAAGAAAAUCCAACAACUACCAGAAAGGUAAACAAUAAACCCCAAGCAGAGAGGAAAAGACGAGAAAGAAUCAAUAAAUGUCUAGGACAACUCAAAGGCCUGGUUCUGAAAGCCACAGGAAAAGACGAGAAGAAAUACCGUAGACUGGAGAAGGCCGAUAUUUUGGAGAUAGCAGUCAAUCAUUUGUACGCCAUGGACAAAGAUGUCAAUCAAGGGAUGAGUGAAGCAGACGACAGAUUUAAGGAGGGUUACAGUCACUGUGUAGGUGAGGUUAUACGGUGUCUCCGUGUGGAGCAGGGAAUCGACGCCGUAACUAAAACCAACCUAAUCAACCACCUGACCGUCUCCUUCAGUCACACACCAACAGACCAUCGACACAUAUGUUACGACAACCAAGCAUUUGAACUCAGUAGUCAGAGUGAAAGUCCAUCUUCUCCUAGUCAGCAAAUGUAUCCUAGCAGCAACCCAAGCAACGAGGGUGUCCAGGAAGUGCCACCAAGCGUCCAAUCCAAGUCCAAGUUUGCCGAGGUCAAUUUUCAGGAUCAGAACAUGUACAUGGACUUCUACAAUGCCCCAAUGGAUAUCCGCGCCCCGGAAGUUCAUUCUACCCUUACCAAUCGUCUGCCUUGUGAGUUUCAGCCACCGCCCUCUACUUUCCAAUCACAAAUUGGCGUACCUCUCCACACUUCCACACCUGUUGCUAAAAAAAGGCACAGUGUCAUUCCAAGUUUUCCCGCGCUGGAAGACGUCACCUUCAGUGACUGUGUUACAACGUCUUCAUCUUCCGACAGCGGAAGUUCCAUUGGCCCCUGGCGUCCGUGGUAAUCUAUAAAACUCCAGCUUUAUUAUGAAAUAGUGCCACUGAAUAUUCCAAUACUCACAGCAUGCAACGUGAUUGUAUGUGGAUUAUUUAACAAUUUUGUUUAGUUACUCACAUGGUUUGUUGUUCUAUUAAUAGCUUGAUAUGUAUAAAUGUUGAAGGAUAAAAAUGUUUGGAAAAAUGCA